AACCAGCUGGAUCAGAGAGGAAAUAUAUUUUCAUGGAGUUUAUUGUUUAUUUUCUAACUAUAGAACUGUUACACCAACGUAAAUGAAAUGCGACACUGUGGCUGGGGAUAUGCACAGCGGAUACUGGGUCUCCUGGAUUUAUCCUUUCCUCGGAUAAGACAUGCAUAACGUAUAGGUGGACCGUGGACCCGUACAAGUGAGAUGACAUGCUGUGGCCUCGCUGGAGGGCACCCAUGGUCCAACAUGGAGAGGAGAAAAUAAUCCCCCUGAGAAAAAGAAGACGACGAAGACGACGUAGGAGAAACGUCUGAUUCCCAGAGAGAGCGACAUCGCCACCAAGAGAGAGAAAGGUAGAGAAGGAGGGAAAAAAGAGAGAGAGAGCAAAAGAAAGAGGGAGGAGAGAAUGGCAUUCCUGGACAAUCCUGCCAUCAUCCUAGCGCACAUCCGGCAGUCCCAUGUAACCAGUGAUGACACGGGCAUGUGUGAGAUGGUUCUGAUCGACCACGACGUGGACCUGGAGAGGUGCCAGCUCUCCUCGGCGCCAGGCAGUGGGGGGAGAGGGGUGACCGGGCCGGGUUCGCUGGGGGAUGGCAGCGCCGGAGAAACUCAAGGCUGCGAUCUCUCCCAGUCUGUCGAUAUCACCUCCAGCUGGGACUUUGGCAUCCGUAGGCGAUCCAAUACAGCUCAAAAGCUGGAAAGGCUGAGGAAAGAGCGACAGAAUCAGAUAAAAUGCAAAAAUGUUCAGUGGAAGGAGAGGAGCUCCUCACAGUCAGCGGAAGACCUGGGCUCCCUGUUCGAGAAGAAGGACUUCAGGGAGCGUCCGCGGAGCGUGGGGAAGCAGUCCACCCUCUCACUGCGGCUGGAGCAGUGCCCCCAGCAGCUCAACAACCCCUUCAACGAGUACUCCAAGUUUGACGGCAAGGGCCAUAUAGGUACGACCGCAACCAAAAAAAUCGACGUCUACCUCUCGAUGCAGUCGGGGCAGGAGAAGCUGCACCCCAUGACGGUGGUCACCAUGGCCACCGCCCGAGUCCAUGACCUCAUUGGCCUCAUCUGCUGGCAGUACACCAGUGAGAACAGGGAACCAAAACUCAACGAGAACGUCAGUGCAUACUGCCUGCACAUCGCCGAGGACGACGGUGAGGUGGACACAGACUUCCCGCCUCUGGACUCCAACGAGCCCAUUCACAAAUUCGGCUUCAGCACACUGGCGCUGGUGGAGAAGUACACCUCCCCUGGACUGGCGUCUAAACAGUCCCUCUUCGUGCGAAUAAAUGCCGCCCACGGUUUUUCUCUUAUUCCUGUGGACAGCAUGAAGGUGACCAUGAAGGAGAUCCUGCAGAAAGCUCUGAAGAAGAGGAAAGGGUCUCAGAAGGGCUCAGGUCCCCAGUAUCGCCUGGAGAGACAGACGGAACCCAACGUGGCCGUGGAUCUGGACUGCACCCUGGAGAGCCAAAGCACUUUCGAGUUCUGCCUGGUCAGAGAAAACAGCUCCAGAGGUGAGGAGAGCUCAGAGGAGGACCCGCCCAUCGACAUCACCACGGUGCAGGACAUGCUGAGCAGCCACCACUACAAGUCCUUCAAGAUCAGCAUGAUCCACAAGCUGCGCUUCACCACCGACGUCCAGCUGGGUAUCUCUGGGGAGAAGGUGGAGAUAGACCCGGUCACCAACCAGAAGACGAGCACCAAGUUCUGGAUCAGACAAAAGCCCAUCUCCAUUGACUCUGACCUCCUCUGCGCCUGUGACCUCGUGGAGGAGAAGAGCCCAAGUCAUGCAAUAUUCAAGCUCACAUAUCUCAGCAAUCAUGACUACAAGCCUCUGUACUUUGAGUCCGAUGCUGCCACAGUCAACGAGAUUGUGCUCAAGGUGAACUACAUUUUGGAGUCGCGGGCCAGCACAACACGGGCGGACUACUUCGCCCAGAAGCAGCGCAAACUAAGCCGGCGCACGAGCUUCAGCUUUCAGAAGGAAAAGAAGUCGAGCCAGUAGCCCCCGCCGCCACAGACGCCCCGCCGCCCGGCAGGCGGACACACGCGGAUGGCGCCUGAUGGACACACGGAGGGGGCGGGGCCGGAGAGUGGGGAGGGGGCCCCCGGAAAGCGGGAACGGCUGCCCCCCGUCUUGGACGUGCGGGGUACGGUCACGGUCGCCUCCAGCCACAGCUGCCCCGCUUCUCUCAAGAGGCUCUCCACCUCCCCAGCCAUAUCAGAGCAUAGACCUUCCCUGUGUUUUUUUUAUUAUUAUUUUUUUUGUUAUUUUAAUGAAUGUGCGUCAAGCAGUCUGUGGAGAUUAAACGAAAUACGCGCCAUACUAGGAAUUCCUCCCGAUGACAUAGAAGGAACCCAAGGAUUUGGUAUUUGUCCACAACCUUGUGGAAUGUGUUGGGGAAAAAGAAGAAAAAAUGAAAAACAAGUGUUUUUGUGUGUGUGCAUGUGUGUGCGUGUGUGUGUUGUUGCCAGAAUCGGUCAGCAAACCAUGCAUCUCCACUGCCUACAAAUCAACUGUACAUAAAUAUGUUCCAGAUGCAAACAGAUGGGUCAGGUGAAGACUGGGCUGAGACAGCUGUUGGCCUUCAGAUAUUAAGGUGUAAACUUUAUCAGGAUUUGUAUGACGAUGCUACAUGUUAAGGAAUGGGCCUUGCGUUUUUAUUUGUAAAUAGCAGUUUCAUUCAGGGUAAAACAAUAUGAUAAAACUUGCUUUGGCCAUAGAACUCCAGUGCCUGAAACAGAACAAUAGGAUACACAUGUUAAUAAUGCAUGCAUAACAUGUUCAUAAGUACUACAUAAGACUGACAUAACCACAAAAGGUAUUUAUCGUGUGCUGCUACAUGGUUCAUAGAGCAUGUCCCAAUAACGUAAAUGAUCUGGAAAACACACUGCAUACGGGGGUCAUGCACAAAAUUAAAAGUGCUGCUGCCUCAAGUUGGAACAAUGAAGAUUGUAGCAGUUAGUUUAAUUUUGUGCAUGACCAAUACACAGAGCAUGAUAUGACUCAUUUGCUUUACCAGUCUUUUUUUUUCCUUUGUGCUGUUAUCUGGGCUAUGAAGCAUGUAAUAAUGCACAAUGUCAUAUGGCUCUUAUGUCACUCCUAUGUGGUGUUAAUGAAUGUGGUGCGUGUGCAUUAUGUAGAUGCAGUUAAUGUACAGCGUUACCCUUGUACUAAAGGAAUGGCAGCAGUAUGAGUUUUGGGAUCUGAGACGAAGCCCGCACCUUAACCGCAUAUGCGUGGAACAUCCUUUUAACCGCGCAGGGGUGAGGGAACUGGUGUGGUGAAAUAAAUGAUUUUUAUGA